CAUUCCAACAUUCCAAUAUUCCACCGGGCCUCGACUGCGCGCUGCUAUCAGAAUCCGCAGAGAUGCGCUCUGGGCGCUGGCGAACCACACGACGACGCGCGAGUACCGAGCGACCCCACGCCGCGGGCGCGGCUUGGCAGCACCUUCACGUGACGCCUCAGUGCUCGCGGGCGGUGCCCAGAGAGCCGUUGCUGGCCCUCAGUGGCUGCGAUGCAGGCUGCGGCGGCGGGCCAGUGCUGGUGGCUGCAGGCGAGCGGGCAGGGGCGGCGCCCGCAAGGGGCCUUGCAGCGGCUAGAGGGCAGCGCAUCCCAGCUCGCCCGCCCCCGGCGCAUAAGGGCUCGCUGCAUUUACGGCUGCCAUGCCCUCCCCAUCCAUCGUCGUGACACGCCUGCUGUAGCAUAACCACGCCCUUUCUGCCUCGAGCCGUGCCUGAACCCUCUGCUCCACCGUCGCAGGACAGCCUCAGCCCGCAAGCAACGGCUCCCGUGCCUGAGUCUCAUCUGAUCGCCGCUUGGACACCACUAAGCCUGAACCGCUCCGCCUGUGACGAACGCCUGCCUCGCCG